GGGCGUCGGGGUUUCCAACAGAACCUCCCCGAUUCUCCAAAGCCGGUUACGACAACUCACUAACCUUCCCGCCCACGUUGAAUGAGGCGCCAGGGCUGCCUAGGAAACAUGCCUGGCCGUGUGCGCUGGAGACUGAGCCCCGGGAGGGGGAAGGAUGGGAGGACGCCUGCCAGCAGCCAAGGGAGUGCCAUUCUCCUCCCAGCGCUGCCUGGGCGAGCUGCACUCGCCUCCGCUGCCACUCGCCUCAGGGCUCCGGAGCACACGGACCAGGCUGCAGGGAAGAGCGCUGCUGCCAGUUUAAAUCUACUGACAUACAUUUUAAAAGGGAAAAAUCCAGAAAGCCUUUUUGCAGGAAGAUAUGAAAGUGCAUUAGCGGAGACACAGCCAGGACUCUUCUGCAGGUGGUGGUGACAUACACAAGUUACUUUGCCUUUGGAAAGAAAAGACCUGUGUGGUAUUAAUUUACGUGUAUGUGCAUUAUUCCCCUUCCUCCCCCCAGAAGUUGUCUGGGCUGCAAAGCAGCGGGGAGGCAGCAGCUGCUUGUCUCGGGCAACAGAACAUUAUGGUGGCAGCACAACAGAAGCAGCCGCGGCAGCAACGGCAGCAGCAGCAGAGCUGGUCCGUGAAUGUGUUUUCUGAUUAAAAUCAGCAUUGGAAAGUGCACCUGAAGAUUCAGCAGCUAGGCAGGAAUUGAUAACGUUUAAAAGAGAGAAAAAUUUUAAGGGGGGGAAGAGAGGGUGGCACUAGGUUUUGUGUGUGCUUGAGGGAGUGGGGAUUGGUUAUCAUGGCGGAUCGGACAGCUCCUAGAUGCCAGCUCCGUCUGGAAUGGGUUUACGGGUACAGGGGUCACCAGUGCCGCAACAACCUGUACUACACGGCAGGCAAGGAGGUGGUUUACUUCGUGGCUGGAGUCGGGGUGAUUUAUAACACCAGAGAGCACACCCAGAAAUUCUUCUUGGGACACAACGAUGAUAUUAUCAGCCUGGCUGUACACCCAGAUAAAACCUUAGUUGCUACAGGACAGGUUGGGAAGGACCCUUACAUUUGCAUCUGGAAUUCCUACAGUGUACUGACUCUUUCUGUUCUUAAGGAUGCGCAUACGCAUGGAGUUGCCUGCUUGGCUUUUGAUUCAGAUGGCCAGUGUUUAGCCUCAGUGGGACUGGAUGCCAAAAAUACAGUAUGUAUUUGGGAUUGGAAGAAAGGAAAACUACUAGCAACAGCUACUGGCCAUUCAGAUAGGAUUUUUGAUAUUUCCUGGGAUCCAUAUCAGCCAAACAGAAUGGUUAGCUGUGGAGUGAAACAUAUAAAGUUUUGGACGUUGUGUGGAAAUGCACUGACAGCAAAAAGAGGAAUAUUUGGCAAAACAGGAGAUCUCCAAACUAUCCUUUGCUUAGCAUGUGCAAAAGAAGAUGUCACAUACUCUGGUGCUUUAAAUGGAGACAUCUAUGUUUGGAAAGGGCUAAACCUAGUCCGCACAAUUCAAGGAGCUCAUAGUGCUGGAAUUUUUAGUAUGUAUGCUUGUGAGGAAGGUUUUGCCACUGGUGGGAGAGAUGGUUGUAUUCGGUUAUGGGACAACGAUUUCAAGCCAAUAACUAAAAUUGAUCUCAGGGAGACUGAACAAGGAUACAAAGGUUUGUCCAUCCGAAGUGUUUGUUGGAAAGGAGACAGACUUUUAGCGGGGACACAGGACAGUGAAAUAUUUGAGGUGAUAGUGAGAGAAAGAGAUAAACCAAUGCUGAUAAUGCAGGGUCAUUGUGAAGGGGAGCUCUGGGCCCUGGCAGUCCAUCCAAAGAAGCCUUUAGCUGUCACAGGCAGUGAUGAUCGAUCCGUACGAUUAUGGAGCCUUGCUGAUCAUGCCUUGAUUGCUCGCUGUAAUAUGGAAGAAGCUGUGCGCAGUGUAUCUUUCAGUCCUGAUGGAUCUCAACUAGCUCUUGGAAUGAAAGAUGGCUCCUUCAUUGUUCUCAGAGUAAGAGAUAUGACAGAGGUAGUUCAUAUUAAAGACCGAAAGGAAGUGAUUCAUGAAAUGAAAUUUUCACCAGAUGGCUCUUAUCUUGCUGUGGGUUCUAAUGAUGGCCUCGUGGAUAUCUAUGCAGUUGCUCAACGAUACAAGAAGAUAGGAGAAUGCAACAAGUCUUCUAGUUUUAUUACUCAUAUUGACUGGUCUGUGGAUAGUAAAUUCUUGCAAAGCAAUGAUGGUGCAGGAGAGCGACUGUUCUACAAAAUGCCAUCUGGGAAGCAUUUAACAAGCAAAGAUGAGAUCAAAGGAAUUCAUUGGGCCUCAUGGACCUGUGUGAUAGGGCCUGAAGUGAAUGGAAUUUGGCCAAAAUAUACCAACAUUACAGAUGUCAACUCUGUGGAUGGAAAUUACAGUAGCUCAGUGCUAGUGACUGGAGAUGAUUUUGGAUUUGUAAAAUUAUUCAAAUUUCCUUGCCUAAAGAAAGGAGCUAAAUUUAGAAAAUAUGCUGGCCACUCAGCUCAUGUAACUAAUGUACAUUGGUCACAUGAUUUUCAGUGGGUGUUAAGUACAGGAGGUGCUGAUCACUCUGUUUUUCAGUGGAGAUUUAUUCCAGAAAGUGUAACAAAUGGAAUAACCGAAACAGCAUCCCAAGAGGGUGGUAUUGAUUCAUACAGUGAAGAAUCAGAUUCUGAUUUAUCUGAUGUGCCAGAGCUAGAUUCAGAUAUUGAGCAGGAAGCUCAAAUCAACUAUGAUCGCCAAGUUUACAAAGAAGAUCUACCUCAGCUGAAACAACAAAGUAAAGAGAAAAACCAUUCAGUGCCCUUCCUUAAAAGAGAGAGAGCUCCUGGGGACAGCUUAAAACUGCAGUUUGUACAUGGUUACCGAGGCUACGACUGUCGAAAUAAUUUGUUCUACACACAAACUGGAGAGGUAGUUUACCAUAUCGCUGCUGUUGCCAUUGUAUACAGUAGGCAACAACACACCCAAAGACUAUAUCUUGGUCAUGAUGAUGACAUCCUCAGCCUAACCAUCCAUCCAAUGAAAGAUUAUGUUGCUACUGGACAGGUUGGAAGAGAUGCUGCUAUCCAUGUGUGGGACACACAGACACUAAAAUGUUUAUCAUUGCUGAAAGGCCAGCACCAAAGAGGAGUAUGUGCACUGGAUUUUUCAGCUGAUGGGAAGUUUUUGGCAUCUGUUGGGUUAGAUGAUAAUCACACCAUUGUAUUUUGGGAUUGGAAAAAAGGAGAAAAGAUAGCCACAACAAGGGGCCAUAAAGAUAAAAUAUUUGUAGUGAAGUGUAACCCACAUCAUGUAGACAAACUAGUCACAGUUGGGAUGAAACAUAUUAAAUUUUGGCAACAAGCAGGAGGAGGUUUUACAUCUAAACGAGGGACCUUUGGAAAUAUCGGGAAACUGGAAACUAUGAUGAAUAUUUCUUAUGGGCGAAUAGAAGAUCUGGUUUUCUCUGGAGCUGCUACUGGAGACAUUUACAUCUGGAAAGAUAUUCGGUUGCUUAAGACAGUGAAAGCCCAUGAUGGACCAGUAUUUGCUAUGCAUGCAUUGGAUAAGGGUUUCGUAACAGGUGGAAAAGAUGGAGUUGUGGCACUCUGGGAUGAUAUGUUUGAGAGGUGCCUGAAGACAUAUGCUAUUAAAAGAUCAGCAUUAUCCCCUAGCUCUAAAGGUUUACUUUUGGAAGAUAAUCCCUCCAUUCGUGCCAUCACUUUAGGACAUGGGCAUAUACUAGUGGGGACCAGAAAUGGAGAGAUACUUGAAAUUGAUAAAAGUGGCCCCAUGACUCUGCUUGUUCAGGGCCAUAUGGAAGGAGAAGUGUGGGGCUUGGCAGCUCACCCUCUCUUGCCUAUCUGUGCAACAGUGAGUGAUGAUAAAACACUGAGAAUCUGGGAACUUUCCUCACAACACCGCAUGUUAGCAGUGAGGAAACUGAAAAAAGGUGGAAGAUGCUGUGCCUUUUCUCCUGAUGGGAAAGCCUUGGCUGUAGGGUUGACUGAUGGGAGUUUUCUGGUAGUGAAUGUUGAUACUGUUGAAGAUAUGGUCUCUUUCCACCACAGAAAGGAAAUGAUCUCUGAUAUCAAAUUUUCACGAGAUUCAGGAAAAUAUCUGGCAGUGGCUUCCCAUGAUAAUUUUGUAGAUAUUUACAAUGUGCUUACCAGCAAAAGAGUUGGCAUCUGCAAAGGUGCAUCUAGCUAUAUCACACACAUUGACUGGGACUCAAGAGGAAAGUUAUUGCAAGUCAAUUCUGGUGCCAAAGAACAACUGUUUUUUGAAGCACCAAGAGGAAAAAGACAUAUUAUAAGAGCUGCUGAGAUAGAGAAGAUUGAAUGGGAUACCUGGACAUGUGUUCUUGGUCCUACUUGUGAAGGAAUCUGGCCCAUGCAUAGUGAUGUCACUGUUGUAAAUGCAGCUACUCUGACAAAAGAUGGUUCACUGUUAGCUACAGGAGAUGACUUUGGUUUUGUGAAGCUUUUUUCAUAUCCUGUGAAGGGACAACGUGCAAAGUUCAAGAAGUAUGUGGGUCAUAGUGCCCAUGUAACCAACGUUCGAUGGUUACAUAAUGAUUCUGUGCUACUGACUGUAGGUGGUGCUGAUACUGCUUUGAUGAUCUGGACUAGAGAGUUUGUGGGCAUCCAAGAGAGUAAACUGGUUGACAGUGAGGAGUCAGAUACAGAUGCAGAAGAGGAUGGAGGUUAUGACAGUGAUGUUGCAAGAGAAAAGGCUAUUGAUUAUACAACAAAGAUCUAUGCAGUAAGCAUCCGAGAAAUGGAAGGAACAAAGCCACACCAGCAGCUGAAGGAGGUUUCAGUUGAGGAAAGGCCACCAGUUAGCAGAGCUGCUCCUCAGCCUGAGAAACUGCAAAAGAAUGAUAAACAAAAAAAGAAACUGGUUGAGGAGCUGGCUUUAGACCAUGUUUUUGGAUACAGAGGAUUUGAUUGUCGCAACAAUCUUCAUUACCUCAAUGAUGGUGCUGAUAUUAUUUUCCACACAGCUGCAGCAGGCAUAGUUCAAAAUCUUUCCACAGGAAGUCAGAGUUUCUAUCUGGAGCAUACUGAUGAUAUUCUCUGCCUCACUGUGAACCAGCACCCGAAAUAUAAAAAUGUUGUGGCUACCAGCCAGAUUGGUAAAACUCCUUCUAUUCAUGUAUGGGAUGCUAUGAAUAAGCAGACUCUUUCUAUGCUGCGCUGCUUCCAUGCCAAAGGGGUCAACUAUAUUAACUUCAGUGCUACUGGCAAACUUCUGGUUUCAGUAGGAGUCGAUCCAGAACAUACUAUCAUUGUGUGGAGGUGGCAAGAAGGGGCUAAAGUGGCUAGCAGAGGAGGACAUCUGGAGAGAAUAUUUGUUGUAGAGUUCCGCCCGGAUUCAGAUACUCAGUUUGUGUCCGUUGGGGUAAAACACAUGAAGUUCUGGACACUAGCUGGCAGUGCUUUACUUUAUAAAAAAGGAGUCGUUGGUUCCAGGGAAGAUGCCAAAAUGCAAACCAUGCUUUCUGUUGCCUUCGGAGCUAAUAACCUUACAUUUACUGGUGCCAUAAAUGGAGAUGUCUAUGUGUGGAAGGAUCACUUUCUGGUUAGACUGGUGGCAAAAGCUCAUACAGGUCCAGUGUUUACAAUGUACACAACUCUUCGAGAUGGACUAAUUGUAACUGGAGGGAAGGAAAGACCGACAAAAGAAGGCGGUGCCGUAAAAUUGUGGGACCAGGAGAUGAAGCGCUGCCGAGCAUUUCAGCUUGAGACAGGACAGCUCAUUGAGAGUGUGCGCUCGGUUUGUAGAGGAAAAGGCAAAAUUUUAGUGGGAACCAAAGAUGGGGAAAUACUUGAAGUAGGAGAAAAAAAUGCUGCUUCAAACCUGCUGAUUGACAAUCACAUGGAAGGAGAGAUUUGGGGUUUAGCAGCUCACCCCACGAAAGACAUAUUUAUCACUGCAAGUAAUGAUGGAACAGCAAGAAUAUGGGACCUCUGUGACAAAAAAUUGCUGAAUAAAGUGAAUUUAGGCCAUGCUGCAAGAUGUGCUGCAUAUAGUCCUGAUGGUGAGAUGGUAGCUAUUGGAAUGAAGAAUGGAGAAUUUGUCAUCUUGCUUGUAAACAGUCUUAAAGUUUGGGGCAAAAAACGAGACCGGAAAUCAGCUAUUCAGGAUAUCAGAAUCAGCCCCGAUAACAGAUUUUUGGCUGUUGGCUCACACGAACAUACGGUCGAUUUUUAUGACCUCACCCAAGGCACAACCUUAAACCGGAUAGGCUACUGCAAAGAUAUUCCAAGUUUUAUUAUUCAGAUGGAUUUUUCAGCAGACAGCAGAUAUAUUCAGGUAUCAACCGGUGCCUAUAAACGUCAGGUUCAUGAGGUGCCAUUGGGAAAGCAAGUGGUAGAUGCCACACUAAUAGAAAAGAUCACAUGGGCCACGUGGACAAGCAUUCUUGGAGAUGAAGUCAUUGGGAUUUGGCCAAGAAACGCUGAUAAAGCAGAUGUGAACUGUGCGUGUGUGACCCAUGCUGGUUUAAAUAUAGUGACAGGAGAUGAUUUUGGUCUAGUGAAACUUUUUGACUUUCCAUGCACAGAAAAAUUUGCCAAACACAAGCGUUAUUUUGGUCAUUCUGCUCAUGUUACCAGCAUACGCUUUUCUCAUGAUGACAAGUAUGUUAUCAGUACAGGAGGAGAUGACUGCAGUGUAUUUGUGUGGAGAUGUCUUUGAAAGAGGAAUUCCCUUGCUUCUGGUGCUGCAACUACCAUGUGACUGCAGAGGAGUGAAGAGUCACGCCAGUCCACAAUGCUUUGGCUGCUCUAAUUUCAUAACAAAAAUGCUGCAUGGAUUACACACUUUCGGAAUCUGAGUGUGGUAAUAUUGAGUGCUACUACGAUCUUGUAUUUGAAAGACUGUGAUGCCCUGGUGAUGGAAGCUGAAGUUUUAAAGGUUGUUCCUAGGCCUCAGCAAUGAACAGUUCAAUCAUUAAACUGCUUUUGCUAAAUAUUUUUUAAUUAUUCCAAGCAGCUACAACUGAAGCCUAUCAAAAAAAACAAAAACAAAAAAACACCCCACCUUUGAGAGUCAGUAAUCCUAAAAUGUAACACAGAAUUUAAUUUGUGAAUCUGUAAAAUCAUUACACCUUCCUUCAGGAAUGUUCCCAUUUUAACACAACUUUAAAACUCCUGUUUGGAAUUUUAUGCAUUGUGAGUAAGGCUUUGUAUUUUUUUUUAAAUGACCACAGGGGGUUUCACAUUCACGUUCAAUAACCAAAUGAACCAAGUAACACAUUUUUAAAGUUCACUAUUUUUUAAAAGAACACAUUUAAUUUACAAAGUUUUCUAUCCAUGAAGUGCCUUUGAAAGAGUUUGCCAAUAGGCCUCCCACCACGGUCAGCAUUCUUCAUAUGGUGCUAUAAACUUCCAUCAUGAGGAGGGCUUAACACAAACACUUUUUCCAGAUCUGACAUGGUCACCCAUUUUUUGCUGGUACUAUUCUUAAUACUGUCACAACUGAAUUCCAAAAUGUUUCCUUCAGAAAGAACAUACAUACUGUUAUACAAGCAAUUAUCUGAACCUCCUGUUUGUCAGUGACAUGAACAAUCUAUUAAUGGGCGGAAUGUAUCUGGCUCAAGAAGGUAGCAGGUCAAGGCCAGGAUUUAAACUCAACUCUGAGGGAUGAUAUGGGUACAAAGGACUUUUUUCAGGGAGGGGGGAAAAGAAAAUAAUUAAAAACUACUGUUAUCUUCUUGUGUUCCUCCCUCUCUUUGGGUCUGUGCUUUAUAGUUGACUACUUAUACAGUAAAAGUUUAGUAAAUUGCUUUGGACUCUUCCAAGAAGCACCAUUUCCCAUCUUUUACUCAGGAAGAGCUUCUCGGAGAUGUGCUAAUUGUACAUAAUGAAUGACAGUUAAAGCAGUAAGAAGAGAUUAGGUUAGUCUGGUAACCAUUAAUAUGCUGUUUAGAAACAUGUAUGUGACAUUAACAAAAAUAAAUAGAACUGAAUGAAAAUUCAAAUGGAACGUUUGUCAGAAAAUGCCAUUUUUUCAAAACCAAAUCUUUCGACAGAAAUUGUCUAUUUCAGUGAAAUUUAGUUUUAAAAAAGUCUAAACUACCACACAGUGGAAAUGCUCCAUUUUGAGUUUUCAUUCCAAAACAAAACAACUUUUCAUUUUGGUAUAUAUUUCAUAUUAUAAACAAAUGUAAAAAGUGAAAUGUUUGAUUGACCCAAGCCUGUGUGUGUGUGUUUAAGUCAG